AGCUAAAACUUAUAGAUGUCAAAACUCAAAUGUGACCUAUUAAAUUGGAUGUUUAAAUACAUGCAUUCCCCAAUCAUAUAAACAUGAUUUCCUGUUUCUAAACUAAAAUCACUUUUACAGGAAGAUAUUAUAAACUCUGUCCCGGAUUUAAGCUGUUAGACUCCUUACUGCACAACAAAUCUAAAUUUCAAGAACUCCUAAAAAGGACAAAAUGUCAGAUUCAAUUAAUUAUGAAGACUUAGGCAUAAAUGAGGCCUUUGACUUAAUUCGUAAAUGGAGAGACAACAAUGAGAGAAAAUUCAGCGAAUGGGUUUUGCUUUGGGAAAAAAUAUUUAAGAAUUUAGACAGUAGACCAAAUGAAAAAUAUAUAGUUGCGGAACAGCUUUUAGUUGCUAUGCUUGACCAACACAGUUAUAAUUUGGCUCUAAUGUGGCUGGAACUCCUGCUUGAACAGUUCCCUGGAAGUCUUCGGGUUAUGAGGUACAAAGCACUCUGCCUCGAAGCUCAAGGACAAUACGAUACGGCGCAAUACGUCCUGGACGAGAUCAUAAAAGUUGACGAGACCAACGCGCCAGCGCGCAAGCGGCGCGUGGCCUCGCUGAAGGCCCAAGGCCUCCUCUCCGACGCCAUAAAAGAGCUCGUCGACUACCUGAAGAGGUUCACGGCGGACAUGGAGGCGUGGCAGCAGCUAGGCGAGCUGUAUCUGGAGGCGGCCGACUACUCGCGCGCCCUCUUCUGCACCGAGGAGCUGCUUCUUCACCAGCCGCACAACCAUCUACUGCACCAGCGAUCGGCCGACAUCCGCUACACCAUGGGAGGAGUCGAAAACAUGGAGCUGGCCAAAGCCCACUACUGCCGGACUCUGAAGCUGAACCCGAACAACGCGAGGGCUCUGCUGGGUCUCAAUCUGGUGACGAACAACCUUCUGGGCCACUACAAGUCCUCGGGCAGCGGCAAGCGCAAAGAGGUGUGGAAGCUGUCCCGGUGGGUCCACUCCGAACUCGGCCGUCGGCAAGCCGACGCCCACUCGCUCACCGACCUCAUGCUCGCCAUUUCCAUCGCCGACUGAUAUGUAACCGACCCAUGUGUACACACAUCGUUCGGACGCUUGUCUUAUGCACUACGUAAUGUUUGAGGCAACUUUAAUUAUUGUAUUAACAGAUCGACAUCUGUACGACAACGUAGACCUUCUACGGACAUAUUGCUUUCAUGUGGCAAAUAUAUUUUCAAUAAAUAUAUUAUAUACUCUA